AGUCACAUUCUAAUCAAUAAUUAUUCUACUUACGAUCUUUAAAUAAUACGGUUGAUUCAACCUGUAUAAAUGAGACCAAAUCACAUGGAAUAUAUUACAUAAUAUCUUUCAACUUAAACUCCAACUUUAGAGGAAAAGAUCGUUCAUUUUUUUUUUAAUUAUUAUUAUUUUAUUACUAUCUACUUUACUAGGAAGUAGGAACCAUGCAAUAUUAUUUUCCUUCAACUUGUUCAUUAUCAUAUUUGUCUAUAUACUCUUUAAUCUUAAUUACCAUCUUCACUGCCAUCACCCCAACGGCGGCAGUCGUAAAGCUUCCUCCGAACGUUACAGUUCCGGCUAUCAUUGGGUUUGGAGAUUCAAUCAUUGACCCCGGCAACAACAACAAUAUUCUUACAAUUGUCAAGUGUAAUUUUCCUCCUUAUGGCCAAGAUUUCAUGGAUGGAGUUUCUACGGGCAGAUUCAGCAAUGGAAGAAUCCCUACCGACUUAAUAGCGGAAGAACUAUCAAUAAAGCAAUACUUACCGGCUUAUUUGGACGCCAAUUUGAGUCCUGAAGAUCUCCUUACCGGUGUUAGCUUUGCUUCUGGUGCUUCUGGAUUUGACCCUUUGACAUCUAAAAUUGCGUCAGCGUUACCACUAACCGAGCAACUAGAGGAUUUUAAAGAAUAUAUUGAAAAGGUGAAAAAUAUAGUGGGAGAAGAGAGGGCAAAUUUCAUAUUGAGAAACAGUAUUUACUUUGUAGUUGCUGGAAGUGAUGAUAUUGCCAACACUUAUUUUGGUACACCAUUCAGAAGAUCACAUUAUGAUGUUAAUUCUUACACUGAUCUUAUGCUUCAUUCAGCAACUUCAUUUGUCCAGGAGUUGUACAAACUUGGUGCACGAAGAAUUUCAGUAUUUGGUGCGCCACCAAUAGGAUGUGUGCCAUCGCAAAGAACACUUGGAGGAGGAAUUGUUAGAGAAUGUGCUGAGAAUUACAACGACGCUGCUAAAUUGUUUAAUUCUAAGCUGUCUGAUGAACUUGAUUCUCUCACUCUUAAGCUUCCUAACUCAAAGAUUGUUUAUACUGACAUCUACACCCCUUUGUUUGAUAUUAUUCAGCAUCCUCUUAAAUAUGGGCUUGAACAAGUAGAGAAAGGAUGUUGUGGCACAGGACUAGUAGAAGUAUCGGUAUUGUGCAAUAAGUUUGACUUGAUUUGUGAAGAUGACUCAAAGUACUUAUUUUGGGAUAGCUACCAUCCUACAGAGAAAGGUUAUCAAAUUCUCGUCAGAUUGGUAAUUGACAAGUAUAUAUAUCGCCUUUUGUAAAUCAAGAAAAUUGGUUUAUAAUAAUACGGAGUACUUCGCUAGAAAUUCUUUUGACAAAUUCAUUAUUUAUUGUUUAGAAGGCAUUUUCCAUGUUACCAAAGUUUUCUUAUUAGAGUAAUACCUCAACUUAAACAUUCAUCGUAUUCAAUGGAUUUAACAAUAAAGUGAACUUCUCAAAGUAUUCUUGAUCA